AUGUUUACGUUUUCCUCCUUUCAAAAGCUAUUGUUUGGUGUGACUGUUUCAAGCGGAGGAAUAGUGUUAAGUUGUUUUUAUAUUUACAAAAAAAAUAGACCCUUAAAUGAUUAUAAUGUAGAUGCACCAAGCGAGAAAUUUCGAAUAAAAGUAUUUGACGAUUUAGCAAAAAAUUAUGAUGAAAAAAAUGAUUUUGUUGAAAAAAUUACAUCUAUUGCCAAAUAUAAAAAAAAAAACUUUCGAAAAGUUAGAGGAGUUGUAUUAGAAAUAGGGGCAGGGACAGGCAGAAAUUUGAAUUUUUUAAAAAAUAUAGAUGCAUUAGUAUGUGUGGAAAAAAGUGAAAAAAUGUGUGAACAGUUGAAAAAAAAAAUAGAAAAAAUAAAUCCUCCAUAUCCUGUAUAUGUUAUAAAUAAUGAUAUAAAAAAUAAUUAUUUUAAACCUGAUACUUUUGAUUCUGUAAUUUCAUCUUUCUCCUUAUGCUCAUUGGAACAUGUUGAUGAAUGUUUACAACAAGUUCACGAAGUCAUGAAACAUGAUGGAAAAUUUUUUUUAGUUGAAAGAGGUAUUAUUUAUAAUAAAUUUAUUAGAUAUAUUUUAGAAAGAUUCGAUUUAUAUCCCAAUAGAAAAAUUCCAUGGGAAUAUGGAUACUAUGAAAAUCGAUCUCCUUUGGAUAUUUUAAAAAACAAUGGAUUUAACAUUACUUUUAAACUGAUCAAAAAUGCGGGAAGUAUAUACAUCUUAAUAGCUAAGAAAAUAAAACGAUUACCAAAUAAAACAGUAAACGAAAAUAACCAAAUACAUACAAAUCAAAGCGUUGAUAAAGAUAAAUCGAAAAAAAAAGAAAUUCAUAUUAACGAAAUAUUGCUAGAGAAGGAUAAGGUUCCUAUUUAUUAUAUUCAUAGAAAUGACUCUUAA